AAGGGCCGGACGAACACGCAGAGCCGCAGCGCCGCAGCGCCAUCCCAGUCAUCCAGGGCCCGGCUUUCGUAGCAGCUGACAGGUCGCGUUGCUCGCCUGCUGCCAGUGCUCUGAUCUGAUAUAACCAGACCCCGUUCGGUCCGCCGCUGCUGGCCGCUGCCCCUCUACACCACCAUGGCUGCAGCGCAACCCCCCGAAGCCAAAGAGCUUGCCCUCGUCGGCAAGGUCGAGAUGCGCAUUGCGCUGGCCGACUCGGAGAAGAGGCUCGAGGACCUGCUGAAAGUGUACCUUGCCCCGCUGCUCCUCAAGCUCGCCUCCGAGCAUGUAGCUGUGAGAAACAAGGUCAUCUCCAUUUGCCAGCACAUCAACACUCGUAUCAAGUCUCAAGACCUCAAGCUGCCAGUGGCCGCCCUGCUGAAACAGUACAAGGACCACGCCGACAUAGCCCUGAUACGCCAUUUUGACAUCCUGUACAUCCAGCAAGGCAUCUCGCGCCUGCCAAUCUCCGACAGACUUGAGCUACUCCCCAUUUUGAUCCAGGGGAUAGCAAUCGACUACGACAAAUCAGCCCAACAUGCCUCACAGCUCUUCCACCUCAUCUUGCGGCUUCUGGUUCACUUUAAGCUCCCCCCAAGAGGAAGUAAAGAAGACACCGAGCUGAGGACCAAAUUGAGCGUUGCAGACGAAGACGCCGCAUUCCUGUCCAAAUGGUUUGGCAAGCUCGUCCUUUUGACUCUAGUGCGGCAGACUACUCCAGAAGAUGCAAGCACUACAACAUGUCCCGGUCUGUCUCCAGAACAGUACAAGUUUCUUACCCAGCAGGGCAAGCCAGACGCUUGGGACCCCUCUUCGGAAGCUGGACUCAGUCUAACCGAGUCGAAGGCUUUGGUCACGCGUUUGCUCGCCAGCGGCAUGUUCAAGGAUGACGAGAAGUUUCUGCCAGCACUGUUUGCAAGUGCAGAUACGAACUCUCGAAUCUCAGAAGUUGGCGAAGAUAUCUUGAAACGUGUCAUGCUCACGCAAGAUCUUGAAGACGCCAAAUCUGUGGAAACACUCUUUGAUCUCUACUUCGGCUCCACUUCCUCUGAGGGGACAUUGCCAGUCAAGACUCCCCUACGGAUAAGGAUACUGGGAGUACUGUCAAAGUCGGUCAAGUGCACAACGUAUCCAUACAAAGUAGCAAAGAUCGUAGAAGAUGGCCUGCUGUCAACAGAGCUCAAUCCAACAAACAAGGUUGCGGGUCGGGAGGCUUCCAAGUUUCGAUCUGCCAUCUUCUCGCUGGUCAAUUUUGUCGCUCGUCGUGGUUCAUCAUCUGACCUGUCCGCGGUUGCCGCCAGUCUUGUGGACAAUCUCCGCGCUUUCAUCCAGGAUCAAGGCUGGCCAGCUGCAGAUCAUGACCAGGACAUGGAGCUGCGUGGCUAUGGUUACGAGACGAUAGGUCUUCUAGCAAAAGCUGCACCCGAGAAGAUUCUGAUAGAACCUUCAUUAGACCUUUUGGAGUGGUUGUUUCGGUCGCUUCGCGAGGACUCGGCUGGUAAAGAUGUGGCUGUCAGCAUAGAGGAGGCAUUGUCAUCUGUGCUUGGUGCCUUCGCGAAACCUUUCGACGAAUCAGCCAUGCCACGAUUUAGGGAGAUUCUAUUAAGAUAUGCUACUGUUGACCAAGUCACAACGCCAGCUUCUUCCCACUUUACAAGAAGCACACGGUAUGUUGCCACGAGAUUCGCAAACCGAUGCCUACCGUUCCAGGACGUCCUGGGCAGGUGGAUCGACAUCCUCGCUGUCAGUGGUGGCUCUGCAGAGCGUCAUGAGGUGGUGGAAGAAGGGCGACGAGGCCUAGAUCCCUAUUGGUUUCAGACCUCAAAUAUGGCACCUGAUAUCGGUCAAGAGCAACGGAAGCUCAAAUUUCCCGACUUUGACAGACUUGUCAAUUUCAUCUUUGCUCAGGAGGGUGAAGACGAGGAUAUCAUGGAUCUCGAGGGCUCAAACGAUCUUCUCACACAAGUACAACGCUUCUACCAACACCACUCAGAUGCGUUACCGACAGUCAUUAAGUUUUGUUCGCAAGUUGCCCUGCAGUCAGCUCUUGUGGAGAAAGGUCUCAAUGACGACGUCUCGGAAAAUUGGGGACGUAAGCUGGAUACGCUGAUGUCUACCGACCAGCGGGCCAGACAGGCAUUCCGCGCCUUUGCGUCCAGCGAUUCGCAUGGUCAAGCCAUUUCUGCUAUCGUUCGAGCUAGUUUCGACAGACUUACCAAAGACGAUGUGAGUGACGUAGGCGACAUCGGCAGUACAUUGGUACGUUUGCUGUCGCUCUGCCCACAGCGUUACUGGACCUUUGCGCACUUGGUGCAAGACUUUCGUACUUUGGAACCUUCUGUCUUGUCCAACAACGUCGGUCGCCGUCUCGCAGCCGCCCAUGUAUACGGUCUGCUUGCGUCUCACCCAGAAUGUGAUCAGACAGAGGUACAAAAGUCACAAACACGCUUCUUCGACAAGCUCGGUAGUUGGCAAUCAGCCGUCGGUGCAGAUGUCAAUCAAAUCAGCGGCAUUAUCACCGCUCUUGGGUAUUCUUUUAGUAGGACACACUGGAGAGGGACUAAGUCGGCCAGUGAUGUUGUGCAAGAACACCCGGUGCAUAAGUUACUAGAGACGAUUGUCGCGAUCCUGAAAGAGACACGAGACGCAACACUCAAAGCCGCGGCAUUUGCUUGCGUUGACCAGCUUAGUCUCUUUCACGUCAUCGCCCCUUCAACCAUUUCAAAAUACACAAGUACUGAGGAACUCGCUGCGGAGACGUAUGAUUCGGCGAAGACAGGCAACAUUAGUGCUAUAUUGGCAUUGGGUCACUUGUCGAUGAUAACCGAAGAAACCGAGGAAGCUGGACAAGCCUCUGACUACAAGUCCACUGGCGACAAGCUAUAUGAACUUCACGAGGUCCGCCAGUCAGAGGUUCAAUUCACAGUGGGUGAAGCACUGAGUUGCUUUGCUAUUGGCUGGGAUUCAAAAGCUCUUGUUGCGGAACUUGAUAUUCUUCACCCAGACCAACCACAAACCCCUUGGGAUGGACCCUUGCGGACGCCUGAUGGGCCUAAACGAGAAAAAACCUUCCAACUUGUUCUUGAAAAGACGCUGAAGGGCUGUGUUCAGACCAAACCUUCGCUAAAGAAGGCAUCAGUGAUAUGGUUGCUCUGUCUUCUACAAUAUUGCGGGCACAAGCCCGGCAUGCAGGACUAUCUUGGUCAAUGUCAGGCUGCUUUCAAGGGCUGCCUAUCCGAUCGCGAUGAAGUCGUACAGGAAGCUGCAUCACGAGGUCUCGGUCUUGUCUACGAGAAGGGUGAUCGCGAACUGAAAGACGAUCUUGUUCGUGACCUUGUCGGCUCGUUCUCAGACAACAAGUCGAAAAUGGCAGGCACCGUCUCAGAGGAUACACAACUCUUUGAAGCUGGUGCAUUGCCCACAGGUGAUGGAAAGUCGAUUACGACCUACAAAGACAUUAUGAGCCUCGCAGCCGAGGUUGGUGAUUCGAGUUUGGUGUAUCGCUUCAUGUCGAUGGCUUCCAACAAUUCCAUUUGGUCCAGUCGUGCUGCAUUUGGCCGAUUUGGGCUAAGUAACAUCUUCUCAGACUCGAGCGUCGACGGCUAUCUGGCGCAAAACCCAAAGCUGUAUCCCAAACUCUAUAGAUACAGAUUUGACCCCAAUCCCAACGUUCAGCGUUCCAUGAACGAUAUCUGGAACGCCUUAGUCAAAGACUCUUCAGCCACCAUUGACAAGCAUUUCGAUGCCAUCAUGGACGAUUUGCUUGUCAGCAUCCUAGGAAAGGAGUGGCGUGUGCGACAAGCUGCGUGCGCUGCAAUUGCGGAUCUCGUUCAGGGCCGUGGCAUUGACAAGUACGAGAAGUAUCUCACUUCGAUUUGGGACAAGUGUUUCAAAGUGCUCGACGACAUCAAGGAAACGGUCCGCGUCGCUGCCGCAUCACUUGCCCGCGUCUUAACUGCCAUUCUCACCCGCUCUCUUGAAGCGGGGGACGCGUCUCUCAAGACAGCAAACGCUCAACUGACCCGGGUUCUUCCAUUUCUGUUUUCGACCUCGGGUCUCGAGUCUUCGGCCGAAGAAGUACGAAUGUUUUCUGUUCAAACACUUCUCCAGAUUGUCAAGAAAGCCAAUGCCAAAACCCUGAACCCACACAGCCCUGAACUCAUUGAGCGUUUGCUCGGCUUACUCAGUAGUCUCGAGCCGGAAGCGGUGAAUUAUAUUCAUCUUAACGCUUCAAAGUAUAACCUUACUGCGCAGAAGAUUGACGACAUGCGUCUUGCCUCUGUGCGCUCAUCGCCACUCACAGAGUCUAUCGAACGCUGUCUCGACCUCGCAGACGCCGAGACAAUGAAGGCGCUCAUGCCCCGCCUCGAAGUCGCUAUGAAAGCUGCUGUUGGACUACCGUCCAAGGUGGGAUGCAGCCGCGUCCUCGUCACUCUUGCAACACGACAUCGAUUCUUAUUUGGUCCGUACGCGGACCACUUCUUGAAGCUGGUACAAAAGCACAUUCACGACCGUAAUGACACCGUAUCUUCCAGUUAUGCCGCAGCAUCUGGAUAUGUCGCGCGUCUGGUCUCUGACAAUCAACUGUUAUCCACCAUUUCCUUCGCCAAAACCCAGUACUUUGAGACUGAAGAGGGCUCGGAUCGCGCGCGUUUGCUGGCCGGUGACAUUAUACACGCCAUCAGUCAGCACGCUACGGAUCGUUUCACUAGCUUCUCUUCUGAGUUACUGCCCUUUGUCUUCCUCGCCAAGCACGAUGGCGAAGAGAAUGUGUGCAAAGCGUUCACCGAAACAUGGGACGAGCAUGUCGCAGGAAGCAGAAGCGUGUCCUUGUAUCUCAACGAGAUUCUUGCAUUGUGCGACCAUCAUCUCGAGAGUAGGCAGUGGGCGAUUAAACACUCCGCCGCAAAAGCUGUUGCUGAUGCUGUCUUAUCUAUCACUUCCGCUGUUGGUAGCGAGAAUCUUGACAAGUUGACGGCGGAGAAGAUCUGGCCUGUGCUGGACAAGGCACUGAGUGGGAAGAGUUGGGAUGGAAAGGAGGUUGUUCUCGAAGCUUUUGUGCGGUUCGUUGAACGAGGAGAGGCAUGGUGGAAAGAAGAUGGCCAGGCAGUCAGAAGCAAAAACUUGGAGAAAGUAGCGAUUAGAGAGGCGAAGAGGAAAGAGGGCGCCAAUGAGAAGGUUGUCAGGCCUGCGCUGGACAAACUGCAGGGGCAUACAGGCAAUCCGUGAGCGCCUUCGGUAGUCAGAUGAAUUGCAAACUCAUGGGAACAGACAGUGGCUCGACUCGGUGAAGAGCUAGCCAUACAACAGCUGGUUCAAUUUACGGCUUUCUCCUGAUUCAAACUUUGUUUAUGUAUCUUGCUUCAUAAGUGUGAAUCUCUUUACAGAGCGACAAGCAUCUCUUGCGUUCUCUUACUUUGAUUCUAUCAGCUUGUAUGCGUCUCCAAGUAGCAAACAUGAGGUAGCAAACGGCAAACAUCAAACAGCAGAUGUCAAAUAGCGAGCGGCGGACGUC